AGCACCCCAAGAAAACCAGGCAGGAUCCUGUCAGUGCCAUUGCCUGGUUCUGUGUGGAGGACCAAAUCCUCAGAUGACAGAAACUGUCCUUGACCUGUUCCAGACAAUGGUUCUGCACCAGUUAAUGCCAGGGGAUCAUCUGCUUCAAGGUUCAAUGUAAUCUCAUUGGGCAACAGCAGUGGAACUCGUCUGUCCAAGAUGGUUUAUGGUGAAUUUUUCCGCAGACCUGGCAAAGACGCAGAGCUUAUAAAUUUGAAUGUGGGUGGCUUUAAGCAGUCAGUGGAUCAAAGCACCUUGCUCCGAUUUCCCCAUACCAGACUGGGAAAACUUCUCAAAUGCCAUUCAGAAGAGGCCAUUCUAGAACUUUGUGAUGAUUAUAGUGUGGCAGACAAGGAAUAUUACUUUGACAGGAAUCCUUCCUUGUUCCGAUAUGUUCUGAAUUUUUAUUAUACGGGCAAACUUCACGUUAUGGAAGAACUUUGUGUCUUUUCCUUCUGCCAGGAAAUAGAGUACUGGGGGAUAAAUGAGCUGUUUAUUGAUUCCUGCUGCAGCAAUCGGUACCAAGAACGGAAAGAGGAAGGUCCUGAUAAAGACUGGGAGCAGAAGAGCAAUGACAGUAUGGACUCCUCCAAUGAAGAGUCAUCCAUAUUUGAUAAAGAGCUAGAAAAGUUUGACAAUCUGUGUUUUGGUGAAAUAAGAAAGAAGAUCUGGGUUAGAAUGGAAAAUCCUGCAUACUGCUUGUCUGCCAAGUUAAUUGCCGUGUCAUCCCUGAGUGUUGUUCUGGCAUCAAUUGUGGCCAUGUGCAUUCACAGCAUGCCAGAAUUUCAAAGGCUGGAUGCCAAUGACAGGGAGAUUGGAGACCCUGUGCUGGAAGCUGUGGAGAUUACGUGCAUCAUCUGGUUUACUGCUGAGCUAGUGAUCAGGCUCUUCACCGCUCCAAGUCAAAAGAAGUUCUGGAAGAAACCACUGAACAUCAUUGAUUUUGUCUCUAUUAUCCCAUUUUAUGCCACACUGGCUGUGGACACGAAGGAAGAAGAAAGUGAAGAUAUUGAGAACAUGGGGAAAGUGGUUCAGAUCCUGCGGUUAAUGAGGAUAUUUCGCAUCCUGAAACUGGCCAGGCACUCUGUAGGGCUGCGGUCUUUGGGCGCCACGUUGAGACACAGCUAUCAAGAAGUUGGACUUCUGCUUUUGUUUUUGUCAGUUGGGAUUUCUAUUUUUUCGGUGCUUGUCUACUCAGUGGAGAAGGAUGAUGACUCGUCAGAACUGCAGAGCAUCCCUGUUUGCUGGUGGUGGGCAACCAUCAGCAUGACCACUGUUGGUUAUGGGGACACUUACCCAGUCACACUUGCUGGAAAGCUGCUUGGCACCCUCUGCAUUAUCUGUGGGAUACUGGUGGUAGCACUUCCAAUCACCAUUAUUUUCAAUAAGUUUUCUAAGUACUACCAAAAGCAAAAAGCCAUUGAUAGAGACCAGUGCAACAAUGAUCGCAAGGAGAAAAGCAAUGACCUCCCCUAUUUUAACAUUAGGGAUAUUUAUGCAAAAAAGAUGCACUCCUUCAUUUCUAGCCUUUCUUCAGUAGGAAUUGUAGUCAGCGACCAAGAUUCAACAGAUGCCUCCAGUAUCCAAGAUAUGGAGGAUGUUUAUAACACAGUAUCUUUAGAGAAUGGUACAGGAAAAUGAGUUGAAUCACGAUCACUUCUCUUUAUUUCUCUUCUGAUUCCCAGUAAAUGUGGACCUACAAACUUCAGUGAAUUCAUUAAGAGCAGUCGAUUCUCAGGGUACUUAACUCUCAGCCAUAUUUGGACAUUCUUUGCUCUGAGGAUGCCAUAAAAGCUUCAUUGUUUAUAUGAGGCUUUAAAAUAUGCCUCAUAUAGUGGUUUAGUUUUUAAACAACUGAUGUUAUGCAUUUUUGGGGAAAAAAGUUGGGAAAGCAGUUUUAAAUGUGAGAUAAGUUUGUUUUGUGGGUGUUGUUUGAUUUGUUUCUUGUUUUUUCCCCUGAAGCAUUCUGAUACCUUACACAGAAUUUGCUUUUAUAAUUUUCUGCUCUUCAGGUAGAGGUAUAUUACAAAUAUAUAAGAACUAUUGCACAAGUUAGUGAAGUUUUUACCUGCAAAUACAUUAGAUAAAAGAAGAAAUUGUGUACAUGUAAAACUGUGCUCACUAACACAUUUAUGUAAUUUUAGAGUUGGGAACCCAUUUCCUAAGCUGGGGCAGAGAAUAUCUUGGUACAUAUUGUUUCUACUCCAUGGAAGCAUAAUAUUUAAUAAUUUCUUUCCAAAAGCACAAUACAUUUUUAGUUUGUUAAAAAAAAUGAUUCCCAUCGUGCCUGUAUUUUUCCUAGGAUCCAGCCAUGGCCAAGCUCUGUCAGGUCCUAAAGGGUUUAAAUCAUAAAUCCCAGGAUGAAGUGUCUGGUGUAGGCAGGAUAUGAGCUUCUUGUACCAUUUAGCCACCUCUCCUGCCAUUGUGACCCUGACCAAUUCUGGUGCCUGGAGGGGAUCCUGUUGUGAUUAAGGCCACCCUGGUGGCUUCCCCAGAGACUUUGAUUUGUGGGCACUAAAGCAAACAUCUGUGGUGAUCUUCAGAAGUUAUUGCUCCCUACUGCCAGUGCUGCUCCUUGCUGGGAGUUGCUGCCUCAGUGGUAGGAGCAGUGUGAGCAGCACCUCAGCUGCUCUGGGUCUCUGUCCAGGGCUGUAGUGCCAAGCAGUGGAGUUGUCAGGACGAGCUCUUCUCUGCCAUAUGUUGCCCACCAGAGAUGUAGGGUGGGCACUGCAAGUGGGCACCUGUAUUGAAACUAUUACAGUUCAUUUUUCUAUAGCUCAUCUGCUGGUGGUGGCAGCUUUCCUGGUGUGUGCUAUGGGCUGGAGCAGUGCUCACUGCUUGGCAGAGUCCUGCAGUUCUGUGUUCCCCUCCUCUCCAGGGAUUUCUUAAGCAGCCAGCUAACUCUGCUGUGUUUCAAACAGAAUCUUCUAGGGCUAUUUAAAAGGAAAGCCAGUCCUUGAGCUUAGCAUAGAGCAGUGCUGGGGAAGCUCAAGGACCUUAUAUUGUUAAGUGGACCUUAUAGUCCAUAGUGUUUCUGAACACUCAUAUUCUUUCAUUUGUCUGGUGACUAAAUUAGAUGCUGGGCAACAGAGAAUUGAAGGCACUGUGAUGUCAAUAUUUUCCUUAAAGAGAGGUUUGACUAUUUUAUUUUUUUUAAUAUUAUUGGGUCAAAUACAGCAGCCUGUACUGAGUUUCUGUUCAAGAAGAUCAAACUCUGUAGGAACUGACUUCAAAACUGAGUAAGAUGCCAGAAGAUGGUAAUUGAUUUUAGCCACUGCAGAAGCUUGAUUUUUCAUGUGCCUGCCAGAUUUUCUACUGCAAAAUACAUUAAGUAAGUAGCUGAGGUGCACUUAAAUUUACUGAGGCACAGAGCUAUAACCUCUUUCUGAGAUGGAGAAACAAAAAGAACAGGAUCAACCUAUACAUUGUAAAGAUGUGUCCCUCAGGACUGCUAUGCAUCAAUAUAGUGAUGUGGGACUUAAAGAAAAUAUUUUGAGCUUUGGAGAAACCUCAAAAUUUGACUUAUUACUUGCUGACUGUUGUAAGGGUAUGUGAUGCUUCACAAUUAAAGAUAAUUCUUCCCAUAGUUAGUGUAGGAAUGCCAAAAGGGAAAGUAAGCCCAAAUGUUAUUUGUUCUUACUCAACAAUUAAUAUUAAAAAGAUGCAAUGACACAAAAUAUUAAAUAUGUAUGUGCAUAUGAAUCUAAUAGGAACCAGCAGAAUAACAGCAAAAAAGUUACUCUCUGUCCAAAGAAAACCUCUUGGUGGUCUCCAUAUAAAGAUAUAUUACAUUGCCACUGAAAAUCAAAAGCAAUGAAAAAUAUUAUAAUGCAACAAAACCUGCAAGGAAGUGUAUUAAAUAGUUGAAAAAGUGCUACUGAAAAAUUUCAUUUUGUGUAUGAGGCAUUACUCAAGGACCACAGAAUACACAACUUUGUGGAUUAAAUUUUACUGACUGGUAAUUUGUCAUAAAAUUGAUAAGCUUUUGAUCAAACUCAUGAAUCAGUCUUAAGGCUGUUACAUUGUUUAAGUUCCUCUGACUUUUUUAAUGCAUUGAUACAGCUUGCAGCAAAGUGAGAUAUAUGUUUUGGAACACAUCAGAAAGUAAAGUAUAUAUCCAUGUA